AUGUGGAGCCUGGAAUGGGAGACACAGGCCAAUUCCACCGCACUGUGGCUCGGCACACCCCUGACUGGAUAUGAGCGGCUGCACAAAGGCAAAUACAAAUGCCCCCGCCCAACUAACGACUCGGCGUGGGGAUCGGCAAUCUGCAUGACCACAAUUAAACCUUGCCGUCGUACCCCACAACUCUCUAUCUACAUCCACACCCUAACCAUCUCUCCUGUGGAAGCCAUGGCCUGCAGUCAUAACCUUUGGGGUGGGGGUAGGGAAGGGAUUCAGAGGAAGGCCUGGCCCCUGGUCCCUGGGACCAGAGAAAUAAGAUUAAAAUACUUCCAGCUCUCAGCUGGAGACCGUUUCGGCUUUCCUGAUACUAAUACCACUGGAAUAGGUUUGAAAAGGGCUGGAAUGGAAGACAGCUCACACAGGAAGCUGUUGCCCCAAAUUCUCACCAGCGAGAGACGGACCUGGGUGGUGGAGCAUGGCCUGCUCACCAUCCGCGUGCUCGACUCCAACGAUAAUGUGCCCGCCUUCGACCAGCCCGUGUACACCGUGUCGCUGCCCGAGAACUCGCCGCCCGGCACGCUGGUGCUGCAGCUGAACGCCAGCGACCCCGACGAGGGCGCCAACGGCGAGGUGGUGUACGCCUUCAGCAGCCACGCGUCGGCCCGCGCGCGCGAGCUCUUCGGGCUGUCGCCGCGCACCGGGCGGCUGGAGGUGAGCGGGGAGCUGGACUACGAGGAGAGCCCACUGCAGCAGGUGUACGUGCAGGCCAAGGACCUGGGCCCCAACGCCGUGCCCGCGCACUGCAAGGUGCUGGUGCGCGUGCUGGACGCCAACGACAACGCGCCCGAGAUCAGCUUCAGCACGGUGAAGGAGGCGGUGAGCGAGGGCGCGGCGCCGGGCACCGUGGUGGCCCUGUUCAGCGUGGCCGACCGCGACGCGGACGAGAACGGGCGCGUGCGCUGCGAGCUGCUGGGCGACGCGCCCUUCCUGCUCAAGCCCUCCUUCCAGAACUACUACACGCUGGUGACCGCCGCGCCGCUCGACCGCGAGGCGGGCGACGCCUACACGCUCACCGUGGUGGCGCGCGACGGCGGCGCGCCCGCGCUGGCCACCAGCCGCUCCAUCCGCGUGCGCGUGGCCGACGUGAACGACAACGCGCCGCGCUUCAGCCAGCCGCUCUACGACGUGCACGUGACGGAGAACAACGUGCCCGGCGCCUACAUCUACGCCGUGAGCGCCACGGACCGCGACGAGGGCGCCAACGCGCGCCUGGCCUACGCCAUCCUGGAGAGCCAGAUCCAGGGCAUGAGCGUGGCCACCUACGUGUCGGUGAACGCCGAGAACGGCUACCUGUACGCGCUGCGCUCCUUCGACUACGAGCAGCUCAAGGCCUUCAGCUUCCAGGUGGAGGCGCGCGACGCGGGCAGCCCGCAGGCGCUGGCGGGCAACGCCACGGUGCGCAUCCUGGUGGUGGACCAGAACGACAACGCGCCCGCCAUCGUGGCGCCGCUGCCGGGCCUAUGUUCAUUUACAACCAUUAGACAACUUGUCAAGGCCAAGCGACAUGUUAGUAAUAACAGAUACCAGAACAAAGAAAUCAUUUACUUAUCUCCAAUCGACAAUGAGAAUGAGCUCAUUAUGGAGCUUCUCAUAAGUGUGGCAUUCAGGCUGCUGGUGUCCCGUCCGUCCACCCCAGAGCCUGUCUCCACGCUGAGGAGAAUGCAGGACUUGCAAGUCUUUGUGCACUUGUUCUCCACGGGCCCCAGCACCUACAUCUUCUGCACCGCAGGUCCCAUCGCUAAAUCCCACUGGGCCCUGGAGGCAGAGCAGCGGCCUUUCCAAGGUGGUGUCUUGUGGUUCUCAUUCACAGGCCUCACCACACCACUGCCUUCAGCAAUCCUGCGCUCAGACCGGUUGACGAAACACCAGCGGACGGAGCUCAGCUAUCUAGUCGACAGACCACGCCGGGUCAACAGUUCUGCCUUCCAGGAAGCAGACAUUGUGAGCUCUAAGGACAGUGGCCACGGGGACAGCGAGCAGGGAGACAGUGACCAUGACGCCACCAACCGCGGCCAGUCAGCUGGCAUGGACCUCUUCUCCAACUGCACGGAGGAGUGCAAGGCCCUGGGCCACUCCGACCGGUGCUGGAUGCCGUCCUUCGUCCCCUCGGACGGACGCCAGGCCGCGGACUACCGCAGCAACCUGCACGUCCCGGGCAUGGACUCUGUGCCCGACACCGAGGUGUUCGAAGCUCCGGAAGCCCAGCCUGGGGCCGAGCGGUCUUUCUCCACCUUCGGCAAGGAGAAAGCCCUGCACAGCACCCUGGAGAGGAAGGAGCUGGACGGACUGCUGUCCAAUACACGAGCGCCUUACAAACCACCCUAUCUGAAGAUACUGUGGAAGCAGCUGUGCGGAGAGGCCGUGUGGAAAGGCACAGAGACCACCCCCCCACCACAGGAGUGA